UACCAAUUGUCCACGCUGGGGGGGAUUUGUUGUUAGCGUCAUGCAGAAAACAAAGUCAAGCAUGUAUUUAUACUGGGUGGAGUUCUUUACUGUAAAUGCCACUGUAUAUAAUAUAGCCUUCACUCUUUAAAUAAGCGAUAUUUUUGUCCAAGAGCAUUAACGCAGGUGUUAGCUUUCCCUCGUCAUAGUAGCGACUAUUUGAAAAUCUAUUUGAUAACGGGGGUCAAGUCAACUUCAGGUGCUUUGGCAAGGAUACUGGCAAGCUGCAGUCCACAUGAACAAUCUGAAUGACCCUCAGGACUGGAAUAUAAGGCCAGAGAGGCAGGGUGAUGGCGGGGACAGCAGUAAGUGGAACUAUGCCUUCCUGGUGCCCAUGCUGGGGCUCGCUGCCUUUCGAUGGAUCUGGUCCAAGGAGUCUCAAAAGGAAAUCGAGGAGGCCAAGGUCAAGUACGAAAAAAACGUAAAGACAAUCCAGAAGGACCUGGAUGUGAAGUACCGACAGACGCUCUCUGAGAACCGCAGAGAAACAGUUCAGCUCGAGUUUGAUCUAGAGAAAGAAAAGCAGCGGGCACAUGGCUACCGUCAAGCCCUGGCAUCCCAGAGUCAGCAGCUCGAGGAGGAACGUCGAGGCAUGAGGUUGGAACGUGAAGCUCUAGAAAACGAGAAAGCUAGAUUGCGUUACGGAGGACCUGGUGGCGCCCUCUUCCAUGAGGCUUUGCAAAAGGAAAAAGAGCGAGAGAUGAGGGCUUCACUGGCUCUGAAGGAAGUAGAAUACAGGCUGGUGGAAAGACAAAGGGCCUUUUGCAGUAUUUUGGUGCCUCGUGCGAGGAGGGUGGAGAUGGAGAAAGACCUUCUGGUUCGUACGGCCAAAGAGCCAAUUCUUGCACAUGUGGAGAUGGAGGACGGUCUCAGGGAUAUUUUUAAGAAUGAUCGCAGUUGUGCAGAGUAUCUCAACACAGAUGAACGGAAGAAUGGAAGUCUCAUGUGGCUGUAUCUCAGAUAUUGGCAGCUGCAGGUCACACUUCAAACACACCAGAGAGCUGAGGCUUCUAUACUCGGCAUACAGACAAAAAAGUGACAUUGGUAGAACAGAAGUGAAUCUAUAUCAGUAAAAUGAUGUAC